AUGUCUUGGGCCGCGCAGAGCCGGUCCGGGGGCCGUGCGGGGGCGGGGGAUUCUCCAGAGCCCGAGGAACUCGAGGACGACUCCGUGGAGGCGAUCGGGCAGCGAGUGAACAAGCUCCUGGACGACGCCAAGCACGCGAUCGCGAAGCAGGAAUACGCCCGCGCGGUGAACAUUCUCACCGUGGCCCUGGACUACCAGCCCUCCGUGGUCCUCUGCCGCCGCCUGCGGUGCAUCUCCGCCGCGGCGUCGGGCCUCUACUCCAUGGCCCUCGAAGACGCGAAGCUCAUCCGCGAGCUCCGGCCCGGAAACCCCGAGGGCGCGACCCUCUCGGGCCACAUCUACAUGCGAAUGCAGCGCUGCGCUGACGCAGCCGCGGCGUACAAGGAGGCGCUCGACAUGGACCCGGGGGACGUGGUCGUGCGCGACAGCUUUUCGCGGGCGCUGCUGAUGAUGCGGUCGUCUGUGCCGGGGCGGUCGAGCGAGGACGGGAACGGGGGCGGGGCCGCGCGGGUGUCCGCGAGAGGAGCGCCAGAAAGCCCCCUCAACAAGCUGCGGCAUCCGAGGCAGCCGCUCCUGAAGACGAUCGGCAUGGACGACGUCCUGGAACAGGUGAGCGCCUUGGGCGGAGCGGGACGGCCGCGCGUGCUCGCGACGCUGCAGCGCGUUCGUGUUGCUUGCUGUGUCGGUCGCGCUGGGGGCGAAUGUCACGCGGACUGCGAUCGGAAUGGGCGAGGAAAAAAUGAAUAA